AUGGCUCCAGGAGCAACGAUAGAAGUGCCGCCCUCUGGUCGCAACUCCCCAAAGCCCGCUCCGACGAAGAUAUGGAGUGUGAACGAGCCGCCCUUUGAGGGCUUCAAGCCUGUGGACCACGAGGGCUACGCGCGUAGCUCUGGCGACACGGCCAUCGUGAUUGACAAUGGCUCGUCGACCGUUCGCGCCGGCUGGUCCUUCGACUCCAAACCGCGCGUUUCGCUUCCUCCCCUUUGGUCUCGAUACCGCGAUCGCAAGGUUGGACGAACCUUUACCUUCAUUGGCUCUGACAUCUAUGCCGACGGUACAGCGCGUGGCCAGGCCAAGAAUGUCUACGAACCCGGAAGUAACAUCAUCAACAACUGGGAUGCAAUGGAGGGAGUGCUAGACUACUGCUUCCUCAAGCUAGGCAUAGAGAGCAAGGGUGGAACUAUAGAUAGGCCUGUGGUAAUGACGGAGCCUGUCGCAAAUCUGGGAUACUCGCGCAAAACAAUGUCCGAAAUCCUCUUCGAGUGCUACGGAGCCCCCUCUGUCGCCUACGGAAUCGAUUCUCUCUUCUCCUACUCAUACAACGGAGGCAAGCACGGCCUGGUCGUCGAUUCAUCGUAUACCUCCACCCACUUGAUCCCGGUGGUCGACUCAAAAGCAAUACUUUCACAAGCGACGAGGUUAAAUUGGGGACGAUUCCAGUCCGUAGAAUAUCUUCUGAAACUUCUGAGGCUGAAAUACCCUUCGUUUCCCGGCAAGAUCAGCGACCCGCAAGCUGAGGAUCUGGUACGGGAGCACUGCUACAUAAGCCAAGACUACGAAAACGAACUCAGCCAUUAUCUCGAUUGGACGGGCCUUGAGGACAGAGAUCACACGGUCCAGUUUCCGUUCGUGGAACAGGUGGUUGUGCAGAAGACCGAGGAAGAGCUGGCAGCCGCUGCCGAAAAGCGAAAGGAGAGCGGACGGCGAUUGCAAGCACAAGCGGCAAAGAUGCGACUCGAUAAAUUGAAGCGCAAAGAAGAGGAGUUCGAAUACUACCAACAGCUUCAGGGACAGAUCCAGGAAACCACCAAGAAAGAGGCUAAGCGUCUUCUAGACUCGAACGAUUUCGAUGACGAAGGUCAGCUGGAGAAAAAGAUCCGGGAGCUAGAGAAGUCUAUCAAGAAGGCUCGAAACAAGGAUCUUGGCGAGGUUGAAGAGGAACAGCAGGAGGAGCCCACAUUCCCACUACUUGAUACGCCGGACGAUCAGCUAGACGAAGAAGGCAUCAAGCAAAAGAGGCAACAAAGGCUCAUGAAAUCAAACUACGAAGCUCGACAGCGUGCUAAGAUUGAGAAGGAAAAGGAGAAGGCACGUCUCGCAGAAGAACAGCGCUUAGACGAUGAGCGAAGGGAGAAUGACUUUGAGGGCUGGGUUACAGAGAGGAGGGUAGCUCGACAGGCUAUCAUUCAAAAGAUGAAAGACCGAGAACGGCUUAAGGCUGAGCUCGGAAACCGAAAGUCGCUUGCCAACCAGAUGCGCAUGAAAUCGAUUGCUAAUCUUGCGGCUGACACCCCAACGAAGAAGAGGCGACGCGGAGGCGGAGACGACGAUACGUUUGGUGCCGACGACGCAGAUUGGGGUGUCUAUCGAACAAUUGCAACGGGCGAGGGAUCCGACGAUGAGGAAGAAGAGGAUCUCAACCGCGACCUCAAGAACCUCGAGACACAACUACUAAAGCACGACCCAUCGUUCACCGAAGACUCCACACGGGAAGCACAAACAGACUGGACCAAGUCGAUCAUGCACGCAUUCCUCUACGGCCCAUACCCCUUCGACCCCGAAAGCCAACGGCAAGCAAACCAGAUCCACCUCAACGUGGAGCGGAUCCGAUGCCCAGAGGUGGUCUUCCAGCCGACGAUUGCAGGCCUAGACCAAGCGGGCAUCGUCGAGAUCGCCGCAAGCAUUCUGACCGAACGCCUCGCGGACUCGCCCUACCGCAAGAACGUACUCCAGGACAUCUUCCUGACCGGCGGGAACACGCUCUUCGAGGGCUUCGAGGACAGGCUGAGGAACGAGCUCCGCGCCGUGCUGCCAGCGGAGGAGACGCUGAAGGUGCGACGGGCCAAGGACAGCGUCCUGGACGCUUGGAAGGGUGCAGCUAAGUGGGCAGCAAACUCGAAGUCGAAACAGUACUUCGUGUCCCGCUCCGAGUUCAUGGAGAAGGGCGGGGAUUAUCUCAAGGAGCACGAUUGCGGGAAUGCUUACUACUACUAG